GGGAGUAUUCAAUUGUUGCAGGGGGUGAUGUGUCUUGGUUUUCUGUUCAGUAGGGAUUUUGUGGUGUUAGUUGACACUUUCUGUCAGGGAACUUUGAGCUGGUUCCAGCCUGCGUCUUCAUCUUCACGUGCCGAUUACCACAUUCGGACCUGCAGGCUGACUUUCCAUAUAGAUACUGUAGACCUCGGUGGGAGGAGUAGCAUUGAACCUCUGUUGAUUGGACAUAGCUAUGGUCGCUGGCAUAGCCCUAGUUGCUUUCGAUAACAAAUGAAUUUGUCAAGGAUUGCUGCAGAUGAAUGUGGUUCAAGUCUGUCUAUGAUGAUGGCUCUCCCGUCAAGUAUACUAGAUGUCCUCAUCCUGACGCGCUCUAUACUACGUCAGUCUGCGUAAACAACCGUCUCCGACGGAAAUUUUCUGUCUUCUUAGAUUGAACCUCUCAAGAGCAAUCAACGAGAAGACAGACGGCGCCAUCCAAAAUGGCCACCCACUCACUCUCCCCGACUUACGAGUCACAUACGUCCAUGGUACUAAAAGAAUCCGUUCAAAGGCCCUUCGAUCUGCUCGCAGAUGUUAUCAAGCCGGUCUGGUUUCGAGUUAUCAAGGACGAACGCUACAACAUCAGACGUCGUCUCAACGAUAGGGCAAAGAUAUACGAGAAGCAUAAGCCAACCAAGAGCCACUUCCAACGAGACUGGAUUCAGCGUUACAAGGAAAACGAGGACUUACAAUUCGCUAUUUCACAACGAAUCAACUGUCUGGCAAAGAUCAGAAACGAGGAAAGUGAGCAACCAGAGAAUCCUUUUCAGCAUACCCCGGGGCCCUCGGAUCCGAAAAGACAAGUCUCCCUUCUGGAAGAGCACUUCUACCGGUGUCAGAAGGCAUGGAAGGCCUUGACUUGUGAUAAGCCAUCGGGCCCUAUCACCGACGAGUUUGACUUUCUUCAGCAUCACAGAAACGAAGACGGGCAAACCCUGGCGUGGGAGGAGGACAAAAUCAUGUGUGCCUCCCUUGGUGGCUGUUGCGGUCGCAUGUGUAGAUGCUGCGAGAGACCUUUGCGGUACUAUCUCAUGCCUAACGGAGGCAAUAAGGCAAUGGUUGGGUUUUAUGGUCACUGCACCGCCGAAUGUGGUUGCUGCAUGCGUCAUCGAAAAUUCUACCGACCAGACUCGCGCAUCAAGGCUCUCGAUCCAGAACUGGCAUCGAAGAUUGCAGCCUAUAACAGCAGCUCAUUAGUUGACGGGGAAGAUGAUGAGCCUGAUACUUGAGUGAUUUUGGCCUUGCUCGUAUUUGCUAUCAUGCUUUCGAAGUGGGCGACUUGUUGUAUUGGAGGAUGGCAAGGGGAGUUGAGAUUUAAGUGUGACUGUCUGGUUUAGCUGAGAUUCAGGCUACUUUGUUUAUGA